CCCUCCCGGUGGUCCCUGUAGUCGGGUAUCUUUCGUGACUCCAUGACCGGACCGCAUCUCGUCAAUGCAUCAUGCAGGAUGCCUGCAUGUCACCACAGCCCUAGGCAGCCAUUCUCCACUCCACCACCAUCGAAAGCAAAAGAGUAUACUUAUACCUACACUCUUCAUCCUGGCACUCUAACCUCCUCCCGUCCACUUAUUUUAAUGUAUAGAUACCUACCGUACCUCAGGUAGUUUGGAUUUCCCCCAAACAAGUCUUCAUCCACAAGCGCUAGAGCUACCACAACCAUGUCUAAACCGGCUGCAGCCGCGCCUCUGCCCAAGAUCGUCCUAUUCGGCGACUCCCUCACAGAAUGGUCCUUCGCGGAGCGCUCCCCUCAUUUUGUUGAGAAUGGAUUCGGGACUGUCCUGGAAGAAAAAUAUGCUGGGCGGGCUAAAGUGUUAAAUCGAGGACGAGCGGGCCAAACAAGUACGUCGUUACUGGACUACUUCAACGAUAUAAUCCACGACCUCGAAAACGAGAGCUGCGAGUAUUCCAACUGGGCGUGUCCGCUGUUCUUCACCAUCUUUCUUGGCGCAAACGACGCAUGUCUGCUACCAUCAAAGGGCACCUACGUGCCGUUGCGCGAAUUCGAGGAGAAUAUCCGGUACUACGUGGAAACGUUGCUCGAGCAUGAAGUCACGCAUGGGACAAGGAUCAUUCUCAUCACGCCCCCGCCAGUCAAUGUCCGCACGCCUUUACUGAGCGAAACAUCUGACUUGGAAGAAGAGACGCGGCUGGCACGGCAAGGCAGAGGGUAUCGAACGUAUGUAAGUAAGAAAAGGUUUGCAGACAAGAUCAAAGAGAUUGCUGCGUCCUACGAAAAGAAUGACCGAGUCGCGUGUCUGGAUCUGUGGGAUGCGUUGAUGCAGUAUGGGAGAGAGAAUGGAAAAAGCGAUGGAUUUACUCCGCUUGACGGCGCCAAAGAUGAUGAUAAGGAAAAGGAUGAUGAUGAUGAGAAGACUCCGGGAAGUGGACUCCCUGGUGCCAAAGAGUUUAGUAAAGAUGUCUUUGUGGAUGGAUUGCAUUUCGGAACUGAGGGUUAUAAUCUUCUUUCUACUAAGUUGCUGGAAUUGAUCUCCGCUAAAUGGCCGGAGUUGUAGAGGGAAUUGAAGUCAUGUUAGAUCAACGGGGUUAACCGUUGGCUCAAACGGAAAAGUCUGACGCAGGCAUGUGAGGAGAACUGCAUUGAUUCUCUAUACUGGCUAAAAUAGGUUUUGAGGAAAUGGUAGUAGGUAGUAGGUAUCUAGUUGGUAUCAUCACCGAGCGGGAGUGCAAGUGUAUAUUGUUGUAUAUUGUAUAUUGCCUUGCCAGCGCCAAAACGACAGAGUGUGAAGAGCCACAGCCAUGUUUUAUUAUCCCCGGU